UUCCCAGAAUGCAAUGCGCAUCUGUCAUGGCUGCUUACUGACGCUUCUUUCGGCACAUGGAUAGCUAGAAACAAUCUCUGUCAGAUUCAGGCGUCGGGAUUCGUCUCAGUGUCCAGGUCGCCUGGAGCUCGGUCUGGUGUGGGACCGUCCUGGCUGCACUCGGGAGAUCCAGCCGAAGUUGAGCAGAAACGAACAGUCAUGUUGCUCAGCGUGGAGAUUCCUGUACUGAGAGGCUUUCUGACAGCCAGCGAGGCUACGAACUGGACACAAAACAUCGUUACUGAUGCAGACGCGGGGCCCCUGCUGCGGGCCCUUCUGGACGGGGACUUCGAGGCCGUGCUGCUCAGCCCUCAGGUGGCAGGUGUGCUGACCGGAGACGGCAGCUGCAGAGAGGGGGAGGACCUGGAGGCCUACCUGGAGAGAUGCCUGCUACUGUAUCUGACUGCCCAUGGUGACGAUCAGCCAAACAACAGGGAGCUUGUAGUCUUGGCCAUGGCCGUCUCCUGUCUCCACCUGUUCGCUCAGAGCAACUGGACCGGACCUCCACUCUCUCUCCACAUGUGGGACCGGCUGCCUUCGGCUCUGCUGUCCUCUCGGAGUCCCCAGUUGUUGACGGAGGCGACCCUCUCCAGCCUGCUCCUCGACGGCGAGUCAGUGUACAGCCUAGUGGUCAACCCCUUCCUGCUGCUGCUGGCCAGGGUCAUUCUCACCAAGUGCGCUGCCAAAAUGGAACGCCUUCAGCUCCUGCCCUGGUGGACUCUUCGUUACAUCAACCUGCACCAGCAGAUCCUGGAGGCUCGCUCUCCACAGCUCCUCAGCUUGGCCCACUGCUGCAUGGACAGAGUGCUGAAAUGCCAGUCGGCGUUGUCGGACCAGAGGAGCCUGGCUAUCCAGUUCCACCUGGAGUGUGCCUACAUCAGUCUGACCUACUACGAGUACGGGAGCUCCAAGGAGCACAUCAACACGGCCAAGGAGCUUUCCGGGCUCCACAUCAACAUGACAGGUGCUCUCGGGAAACGGACCCGCUUCCAGGAGAAGUUUUUGGCUCAGCUCCUCCUUGAGGUGAAAAGGCAGGAGGGGAAGGAGGAGGCUGAUCAGAGAGUCAGCGAGACCAGUCCCACUCCGACGCCACAGGCCAGCCUACCCAAAGAUUACCAUCUGGAUGACGACACGCUGCUGGAUCGGAUCACUUUAGCUGAGCCCGAUCUGUACCAGCUGCCUGACCUGAGUGCUGAAGAGCAGGCCCUCGUCCUGGGUGUGUGCACCGACUUUCAGAAGAACAAUCCUGUGCACAAACUAACAGCAGAAGAACUGCUGGCAUUCACUUCUUGCAUUCUGUCCCAGCCAAAGUUCUGGUCUGUGGAGGUCACAGCACUCUGCCUCAGGACCAAACUAGAGAGAGGAAGAACUCGGUAUGUUGAAAGAGCCAUGAUGCAAACCCAGGCGAUAGUCGAUCAUUUUGAAGACCAGAGCUGUCCUGUGAGCGAGCGCCUCAAAGUGUUCUACUGCUGCCAAGUACCGCCCAGAUGGGCCGUCCAGAAGCUGCUGGCCAGCCUGCUGAUAGACCUCGGCUGCAUCAGCUCAGCUCUGCUGCUCUACCAGCAGCUGCAGCUCUGGGAGGAUGCCGUGGUCUGCUACGAGAAGCUGGGCCAGCAUGGAAAGGCUGAGGAGAUUGUGCGCAGAGAGCUGGAGAAGAAGGAGACUCCGAGUCUGUACUGUUUGCUUGGAGACAUCCUGAACGAGCAUCAGUACUACGACCGGGCGUGGGAGCUGUCGGGACGGAGGAGCGCCAGAGCCAUGCGCUCCAAGGCUCUGCUGCACCUCCGGGCCAAGGACUUCCAGCAGUGUGUGGACUGCUUUGAGCAGUCGCUGAAAAUCAACACCAUGCAGCUUGGCGUGUGGUUUUCCCUCGGCUGUGCCUACUUCGCUCUGGAGGGCUAUGAGGGAGCUGCUAGAGCCUUCCAGAGGUGUGUGGGACUGGAGCCAGAUAAUGCAGAGGCAUGGAACAACCUUUCCACAGCCUACAUCCGCCUCCAGAUGAAAACCAAAGCCUUUCGAACCCUGCAAGAGGCCCUGAAAUGCAACUACGAGCACUGGCAGAUCUGGGAGAACUUCAUUGUGGUCAGCAUUGACAUUGGGGAUUUCGCUGAAGCCAUCAAGGCGUACCACCGUCUCAUGGAUCUGAGGGAAAACUACAAAGAUGUCCAGAUUCUACAGAUCCUGGUCAGGGCGGUUGUGGAGAAUCUGACUGACAGCCAGGGGGCGCAGGCUGGAACCUUGGCCCCGAAGCUGAAGGAACUUCUCGGCCGUGUCAGUGCGCGCCACAGCAGCGACGCUGAAAUAUGGCAGCAGUAUGCCAUGCUGUACGGUGGCGGCCGCGGCUCAAACCCAGACGACGACGACGACAAGGCUCUGCAGUUCCUGUCCAAAGCUCAUCGCUGUGAGGUUCAAGCUAGCGGCUGGGAGAAGGACCCUGUUCUUUUCAAGGAGGUGAUCAGAAGAGCAAUCACCAUGGGAGAAGUGAGCAUCAGCUGCAGCGAGAAGAAGACGAAUCCUGCAGAAUCUCUCCAGAUGCUGUCGUCCAGCCGCCUCAGCCUCCGGAGUCUGGCCACCAAAGCCAAGCAAAUCCACACGGAUGUUGCGACGGGUGAAGUCCAUGCUGAUCUACGGGACGGCGUUGCCGCUCUGGAACGGCUGAUCUCAGAUCUGCAGGAGCUGAGUGGGAGGCUGCGGAACCAGUCCCAGUGAUGCAAACUGCAUCUUUAUCAUGACGUUUUUAUACCUUCAUGUCCACAAUAUAAUGUAAAUGGUUGUUUUAAGGUAUCAAGAAGUAAACUUGAUAAUUAAAUGCUG